AUGCUGACGGCUGCGCUGCUCCUGCUCGCUGUGGUGCUGCUCCUUUGGGCCAAAAUGUCCAACUCGCAGUGCGAGCAGGAGAAUGAGCCGGAGGAGAGCCCCGCGGGGCCGCCCACCGCAGCCGGGCCCCCGGCGCGGCAGAGCCCCCCGGGCCGGCAGAGCCCCCCGGGCCGGCCGCCGCCGCCGCGGGCCGGGCGGGCGGGCUCGGAGCAGGAGCAGCUCGCCGUGUACAACCCCGCGGCGCUGCGCCGCCCGUCCCUCGCCAAGUUCGUGCUGGGCUCCUUCGACGACAACUCCUCCGAUGAUGAGCUGAUGGCCACGGCCUUCAGGGUGGGCCGGCGGCGCAGCAGCCUGGCCGGGGUGGCGGGUACCGUCCCCGAGCCCCCCACCGUGAGCGCCCUUCUGGAGCCCAGCGCUGGCAUCAGGCCCAGCAUGUCGGGGCCGAACCUGGCGAAGAGGAGCCACAGGAAGAUGGACCUGCAGCGGGAUUUUUCCGUUGCCUCCCCAGCCGAGUUCGUCACCCGCUUUGGGGGCAACCGUGUCAUCGAGAAGGUCCUCAUUGCCAACAAUGGCAUUGCUGCCGUGAAGUGCAUGCGCUCCAUCCGCCGCUGGGCCUACGAGAUGUUCCGCAAUGAGCGCGCCAUUCGCUUCGUGGUCAUGGUCACCCCCGAGGACCUCAAGGCUAAUGCAGAGUACAUCAAGAUGGCAGAUCACUACGUGCCUGUCCCUGGAGGGACUAACAACAACAACUACGCCAACGUGGAGCUGAUCGUGGACAUUUCCAAACGGAUCCCAGUCCAGGCGGUGUGGGCUGGCUGGGGACAUGCCUCAGAGAACCACAAGCUGCCAGAGCUGCUGCAGAAAAAUGGGAUAGCUUUCCUAGGUCCCCCCAGUGAUGCCAUGUGGGCGCUGGGGGACAAAGUUGCCUCCACCAUUGUGGCUCAGACCCUGGAGAUCCCCACACUGCCGUGGAGUGGGAGUGGUCUGGUGGCCCAGUGGUCUGAGGAGGACCAGAAUCAUCAGCAGGCCAUCAGCAUCCCCCUGGAGACAUACGCGCAGGGCUGCGUGAAGGACGUGGAGGAAGGCCUGGAGGUGGCCGUGAGGGUCGGCUAUCCCCUGAUGAUCAAGGCAGCAGAAGGUGGCGGUGGCAAAGGCAUCCGAAAAGUGGAGGCAGCAGAGGAAUUUAGUGCCUGUUUCCGGCAGGUGCAGGCGGAGGCGCCCGGAUCCCCCAUUUUCCUGAUGAAGCUGGCACAGCACGCGCGGCACCUGGAGGUGCAGGUCCUGGCAGAUGAGUACGGCAACGCCAUCUCCCUCUUCAGCCGGGACUGCUCCAUCCAGCGCCGCCACCAGAAGAUCAUUGAGGAGGCACCCGCCACCAUCGCUGCCCCCGCUGUCACCGAGAUGAUGGAGAAGUGCGCUGUCCGCCUGGCGCAGAUGGUUGGGUACGUCAGUGCAGGCACCGUGGAGUAUCUGUAUCAGGAGGACGGGCACUUCCACUUCCUGGAGCUGAACCCCCGGCUGCAGGUGGAGCACCCGUGCACGGAGAUGGUGGCGGAUGUGAACCUCCCGGCUGCACAGCUGCAGAUUGCAAUGGGCAUCCCCUUGCACAGGAUAAAAGACAUCCGGGUGCUGUAUGGGGAGAGCCCCUGGGGGGACACCCCCAUCUCCUUCCACAGCCCCUCCAACCCCCCCGUGCCCAGGGGCCACGUCAUUGCUGCUCGGAUCACCAGUGAGAACCCCGAGGAGGGUUUCAAGCCCAGCUCGGGGACGGUGCAGGAGCUGAACUUCCGCAGCAGCAAGAAUGUCUGGGGGUACUUCAGUGUGGCAGCAGCCGGGGGACUGCACGAGUUUGCUGAUUCCCAGUUUGGACACUGCUUCUCAUGGGGAGAGAACCGGGAGGAGGCCACCUCGAACAUGGUGGUGGCCCUGAAGGAGCUGUCUAUCCGUGGGGAUUUCCGGACCACGGUGGAGUACCUGAUCAAACUGCUGGAGACAGAGAUCUUCCAGAACAACGAGAUACACACAGGCUGGCUGGACCAUCUGAUUGCUGAGAAAGUGCAGGCAGAGAAGCCAGACACGAUGCUGGGGGUUGUCUGUGGUGCCCUGAACGUGGCAGAUGCUGCUUUCAGAACGUGCAUGAGUGACUUCCUGCACACACUGGAGAGGGGCCAGGUGCUGCCAGCAGCCUCUCUGCUAAACAUCGUUGAUGUGGAGCUCAUCUAUGAGGGUGUGAAGUACAUUCUGCAGGUGGCCCGCCAGUCGCUGACCACCUACGUGGUCAUCAUGAACCGCACGCACAUCGAGAUCGACGUGCACCGGCUCAACGACGGGGGGCUGCUGCUCUCCUACGACGGCUGCAGCUACACCACCUACAUGAAAGAGGAGAUCGACAGGUACCGGAUCACCAUCGGCAACAAAACGUGCACCUUCGAGAAGGAGAAGGACCCGACGGUGUUGCGCUCUCCCUGCGCGGGGAAGCUGCUGCAGUACAUGGUGGAGGACGGCGGCCAUGUGGAUGAGGGGAAGGUUUACGCAGAGAUUGAGGUGAUGAAGAUCGUCAUGACGCUGGCGGUGGAGGAGGCGGGGCAGCUCAACUACGUCAAGCGGCCGGGAGCGCUGCUGGAGGCCGGCUGUAUCAUCGCCCGCCUCCAGCUCGAUGAUCCCUCCAAAGUAAAGCCUGCACAGCCAUUCACAGGGGGGCUCCCAGCCCAGCAGACCCUUCCCAUCACUGGUGAGAAGCAGCACCAGGUUCUGCGCAACGUUCUGGACAACCUGACCAACAUCAUGAACGGCUACUGCCUGCCUGAGCCCUACUUCAAGACCAAGGUGAAGGAGUGGGUGGCACAGCUGAUGAAGACCCUGCGGGACCCUGCCCUGCCCCUGCUGGAGCUGCAGGAGAUCAUGACGAGCAUUUCGGGACGGAUCCCGCUGGCUGUGGAGAAGUCCAUCCGGAAGGUGAUGGCGCAGUACGCCAGCAACAUCACCUCCGUGCUCUGCCGCUUCCCCAGCCAGCAGAUCGCCAAUGUGCUGGACACCCAUGCAGCCACGCUGCAGAGGAAGGCUGAGCGGGAGGUCUUCUUCAUGAACACACAGAGCCUGGUGCAGCUGGUGCAGAGGUACCGCAGCGGCAUCCGGGGCUACAUGAAGACAGUGGUGCUGGACCUGCUCAGGCGCUACCUGCAAGUGGAGACGCAGUUCCAGCAUGCUCACUAUGACAAGUGUGUCAUCAGCCUGCGGGAGCAAUGCAAACCCAACAUGACCCCUGUGCUGGAGAGCAUCUUCUCCCAUGCCCAGGUGGCCAAGAAGAACCAGCUGGUGAUCAUGUUAAUUGACCAGCUGUGUGGCCGUGACCCCACACUGACAGAUGAGCUGACGACCAUCCUUCAUGAGCUGACACAGCUCAGCAAGACCGAGCACUCCAAAGUGGCUCUGAGAGCCCGGCAGGUGCUCAUUGCCUCUCACAUGCCCUCCUACGAGCUGCGGCACAACCAGGUUGAGUCCAUCUUCAUCUCUGCUAUCGACAUGUACGGACAUGAGUACUGCCCUGAGAACCUGAAGAAACUGAUCCUGUCAGAAACCUCCAUCUUUGAUGUGCUUCCCGUGUUCUUCUACCACACCAACAAGGUGGUGCGCAUGGCAGCUCUGGAGGUGUACGUGCGGCGGGGCUACAUCGCCUACGAGCUGCACAGCCUGCAGCACCGGCAGCUCUCUGAUGGCAUCUGCCUCGUGGAGUUCCAGUUCAUGCUGCCCUCCUCCCACCCCAACAGGAUAUCCGUCCCUAUCAGCAUCUCCAACCCUGACCUGGCCCGGCACAGCACUGAGCUCUUCAUGGACAGUGGCUUCUCCCCCACGAGCCAGAGGAUGGGAGUCAUGGUGGCCUUCCGCAGAUUUGAGGACUUCACAAGGAACUUUGAUGAAGUGAUCUCGUGCUUCUCCAACUCCUCGUCGGACAGCGGGCUCCUCAGUGAUGAGGAGGACACCAAGAACAUCCGUGAGGAGCCAAUCCACAUCCUCAACAUUGCACUCUGCUCAGCUGACCACAUGGAAGAUGAGAAGCUGGUGCCCAUCUUCAGAGCUUUUGCCCAGUCCAAGAAAAAUAUCCUCGUUGAACAUGGUCUCCGGAGAAUCACGUUCCUCAUUGCCCAGCAGAGAGAAUUCCCAAAGUUCUUCACGUUCAGAGCCAGGGACGAGUUCGCAGAGGAUCGGAUCUACCGGCACCUGGAGCCGGCGCUCGCCUUCCAGCUGGAGCUGAGCCGCAUGCGCAACUUCGACCUGACGGCCAUCCCCUGUGCCAACCACAAGAUGCACCUGUACCUGGGGGCUGCCAAGGUUCAGGCGGGCACCGAGGCCACCGACUACCGCUUCUUCAUCCGCGCCAUCGUGCGCCACUCCGACCUCAUCACCAAGGAGGCUUCCUUCGAGUACCUGCAGAACGAGGGCGAGCGGAUGCUCCUGGAGGCCAUGGAUGAGCUGGAGGUGGCCUUCAACAACACCAUCGUGCGCACUGACUGCAACCACAUCUUCCUCAACUUCGUGCCCACCGUCAUCAUGGACCCGUCCAAGAUCGAGGAGUCGGUGCGCUCCAUGGUGAUGCGCUAUGGCAGCCGCCUCUGGAAGCUGCGGGUGCUGCAGGCUGAGGUGAAGAUCAACAUCCGCCUGACGCCCACUGCCACCGCCAUCCCCAUCCGCCUCUUCCUCACCAACGAGUCCGGAUAUUACCUGGACAUCAGCCUCUACAAGGAAGUGAGGGACCCUGGCACUGGCAGCAUCAUGUUCCAGUCGUAUGGGGACAAACAGGGGCCGCAGCAUGGGAUGCUCAUUAACACCCCCUAUGUCACCAAGGACCUGCUUCAGGCCAAGCGCUUCCAGGCACAGUCCUUGGGCACCACCUACGUGUACGACUUCCCAGAGAUGAUCAGGCAGGCUCUCUUCAAGCUGUGGGGCUCCUCGGACCAGUAUCCCAAGGAUAUCAUGACCUACACUGAGCUGGUCCUGGACUCUCAGGGUCACCUUGUACAGAUGAACAGGGUCCCUGGAGGGAACGAGGUGGGGAUGGUUGCUUUCAAAAUGAAGCUGAAGACCCCCGAGUACCCCAAAGGCCGAGACAUUGUGCUCAUCUGCAAUGACAUCACACACAAGAUUGGCUCCUUUGGGCCUGAGGAGGACCUGGUGUUCCUGAGGGCCUCGGAGCUGGCACGGGCUGAGGGCAUCCCCCGCAUCUACAUCGCCGCCAACAGCGGCGCCCGCAUCGGCUUCGCUGAGGAGAUCAAGCACAUGUUCCAGGUGGCCUGGGUGGACCCAGCUGAGCCCUACAAGGGGUUCAGGUACCUGUACCUGACUCCCCAGGACUACACGAGGAUCAGCAGCAUGAACUCGGUGCGCUGUGAGCACGUGGAGGAAGGCGGAGAGUCCAGGUAUGUCCUGCUGGACAUCAUUGGGAAGGACAAUGGAUUUGGGGUGGAAAACCUGAGAGCUGCUGGUACCAUUGCUGGGGAGUCCUCCCGUGCCUAUGACGAAAUAGUGACCAUCAGCAUGGUGAGUUGUCGUUCCAUUGGGAUUGGUGCCUACCUGGUGAGGCUGGGCCAGCGUGUGAUCCAGGUGGAGAACUCCCACAUCAUCCUCACUGGUGUCACAGCUCUCAACAAGGUGCUGGGACGGGAGGUUUACACAUCCAACAACCAGCUGGGAGGAGUACAGAUCAUGCACAACAAUGGUGUUUCCCAUGUCACUGUCCCAGAUGACUUUGAGGGGGUCUACACCAUCCUGCAGUGGCUCUCAUACAUACCCAAGGAUAACCAGAGCCCAGUGCCUGUCACUGCCAUAGUUGACCCUGUUGAAAGAGAAAUUGGUUUUGUCCCUUCCAAAGUCCCCUAUGACCCCAGGUGGAUGCUGGCAGGGAGACCCCAUCCAACUCUCAAAGGAACUUGGCAGAGCGGCUUCUUCGACCAGGGCAGCUUCAUGGAGAUCAUGAAGCCGUGGGCUCAGACCGUGGUGGUUGGCAGAGCAAGGUUGGGAGGUCUCCCCGUGGGCGUCAUCGCUGUUGAGACCCGCACUGUGGAGGUGACAAUACCCGCUGACCCUGCCAACCUGGACUCAGAGGCAAAGAUAAUCCAGCAGGCUGGACAGGUCUGGUUCCCAGACUCUGCUUUUAAAACAGCCCAGGCCAUUCGGGACUUCAACCGGGAGUACCUCCCACUGAUGAUCUUUGCCAACUGGAGAGGCUUCUCCAGCGGCAUGAAAGACAUGUAUGACCAGAUGCUGAAGUUCGGUGCCUUCAUUGUGGACAGCCUGCGGGACUUCAAGCAGCCUGUCCUGGUCUACAUCCCCCCUCACGCCGAGCUGCGCGGCGGCUCCUGGGUGGUCAUCGACUCCACCAUCAACCCCCUGCACGUGGAGCUCUAUGCUGACAAGGAGAGCAGGGGAGGCAUUUUGGAGCCUGGAGGAACAGUGGAGAUCAAGUUCAGAAAGAAGGAUUUGGUGAAGACCAUGAGAAGGAUUGAUACAGUUUAUGCCGGGCUUGUUGAACAGCUGGGCUCCCCCGAGCUGUCGGAGGCGCAGCGCAAGCAGCUGGAGAAGCAGCUGAAGGCGCGGGAGGAGCUGCUGCUGCCCGUGUACCACCAGGUGGCCGUGCACUUCGCAGACCUGCACGACACCCCGGGCCGCAUGCAGGAGAAAGGGGUCAUCACGGACAUCCUGGAGUGGAAGAGCGCCCGCUCCUUCCUCUACUGGCGACUGCGGCGGCUGCUGCUGGAGGAGAUGGUGAAGGGGGAGGUGCUGAAGGCCAACAGCGAGCUCAGCCACAUCCACAUCCAGUCCAUGCUGCGGCGCUGGUUCAUGGAGACGGAAGGAGCUGAGAAGGGCUACCUCUGGGACAACAACCAGGUGGUGGUGGAGUGGCUGGAGAAGCACAUGCAGGAGGAGGAUGGCACCCAGUCAGCCAUCAGGGAGAACAUCAAGUACCUGAGGAGGGACUACAUCCUCAAACACAUCCGGAGCUUGCUCCAGGCUAACCCCGAGCUGACCAUGGACUGCAUCGUGCAGAUGGCUCAGCACAUCACCGGCCCACAGAAGGCCCAGGUUGCCCAUCUCCUGUCCAGGGUGGACACUGAUGACCCCUCCUGAGCUGGGCAAUCACCACAGGGUAGGAGAAGCACCAGGACACAGCCAGACCUCACCUGCCCCCCUGGUUCCUCAGCCCUCGAACGGAAGCCUUGGACUCUUGCUCAUGUGCCUAAAUAAAGGACACCAGUGCUUUUAAGUAUUUAAGCCAUGGAGAUGGUCUUGCCAUCCAUGCAGAGUCCCCUCUGGCACUGGGGGUGCUGCCAGAGGGGCAGCUUGAAGAUGAACUUGUCCCGAGCCAAGCCUGGAAUCUGGACCUGUGCAGAACUUGGUUUUAAAAAGAAUCCAAAAUAUUUUCCUGUUUUAGUUGCCAGCCCUUGGUCUUUCAAACAAACACCAGGUCAGACACGUCUCAUGAGACUGGACAGAGCUGGAGGCACGGACCCCUGGCCAGGGCCAGUGUCCAGCUGGCUGGGUUCAAGCUGACCAGGCAGCAAGAUCAGGAAAUGAGAAGCAGCCUCCAAGUGAUGCUUUAUAAACUGUGAAGAGCAAUUUCUGUCAUCCUUCUCCUCACUGGGGGACAAAGAGUAGAUGUGGCUGUGAGUAGCUGAUGGCCCAGGAAAGACCUCGAUGAGCUAAUCUGAGACCUGCUCCCAUGGAAUGUCCAAGGAUCCACCAGGUUUUGGCUGACCUGGCUGUGCCUCUCGCCCAUCUCAUGUCCUUUCUGGCUCCUGCAGAGCAUGGAGAGGAGGGAGGAUGGCUCCAGGUGACCUGGCCCAGUGACCUGGUUCCUCCUUGGAAGCAGCAGAGCCAGGGGGAGCUGUCACCUGCUGGGACCUGUACCCUGCUGCUCAGGUAGCCUUUGAUCAUCUCAGUCAUGGAGGGGAAAUUUGAAGUUUUCCAGUGCCUCUGGCUGUGUCAUUUCCUCAGCACAGAUUUACCUUGGGCUCAAAAGGAGGAGGUGAGAUGGCAAUGGAAGGUGGGACAGCUGGCUCAAGUGCAGUGCUGGUAUUGCCCUGGGGUGAAGGUGUUGGAUACCUCCUGGGGCUGGAGCAUCCCACAGAGUCUGCAGGGUGGGAAUGGGAAGGGUCUUGUGAGUCACUUCCUGGCUGGAAGGUGUCACUGCUGACCGGCAAUAAAGUGAGCUCAGCUCCCAGGGAAUUCCCUGA